AAAAGGAUUCCAAACCCAACCGGUUUUGUUCUCUGUUUUUCUCAAAUUCUACUUUUGCUCUACAGGAAGUACGAGCUUAAAUCCAUUAUUCGCGUUGAGAAGAAAGAAGAUCCCAAAAAAGGAAGCAGAUAUUUUCUUGAACUUGAAGUUAAAGAUCUAACCACUGGUGCGAGCUAUAUAUUGGCAGAAUACGUAUUCCAACCAAAAGGUGAAAACGCCCGUUUAUGCUAUCCUAAGGGCCUGCAGUGGGACAGGACAGCGGAUGUUUAUCUUAUCCUCACGGCCAAGAACCUGGGUCGAUGGGUUCAUCAUUUCAUCAAGAACGUAGAACAAAUUGUUCAAGAAACGAAUGAUGAACAUUUACAUGCGGUCAUUUUUGACUUUGAUAGCCCCGAUAUUGAUCUAGAACAGGCUUUCAAGAGGAGCACUCUGAAGAACUACCAUUUUAUCACACAGCCUGGAAACUAUUCUCGUACAAUUUCUUUGAGUAGGGCAGUGCAGUCCAUACGGAAACCUGACGCCAUAUUUGUCACUGUCGACCUACACCUAGAUAUUGGUAGUCAGCUGAUUAACGACAUACGCAAGCACUGUUCUAAAGGAAAGACGGUGUAUGCUCCCCAAAUCGUCUUUCUAAAUUGCGGUGGAAGCAGCGCUUUACCCAGAGGUGUCUGGUAUCACUACAGUUAUGGAACAAUAGCAAUGUACAAAGAGGACUGGCAGAGAUUCGGCGGAUUUUCAAACCGUUUUGCAAACAAAGUUACGUGGGGAGGCGAGGACUGGGAUAUAAUUGACGGCGCGGUCAAGAGUGGCCUGGAAAUAGAGAGAAAACGUUGCCCCUGGGUCUACCAUUAUUUUCACACUAAAGCUGGGAUGUGGUCUAAAGGAUCAGGACACCGCUAGAGAAACGUGACCCUGACAUGCGCAGUUCGGACACAAGGUAGCUGCUUGACGUCUCAUGAAAGGAUUAAUUUUAACCAUCACUGAAUAAAAUGAAGUACACCAAACAGCAGAAGUUGUAAUCUCACAUCAAAUUUAUCGCUUUCAGUUAAUUUCAAGCUUCUUAAAAUAAUUAGUGGAGAAAAUCAAAAAAGCUCUUGUAGGUGACGUCUACCUGAGACUGGAGACUUGGCCUUUUUAUAGUGCAAUCGACUUCGCAACGACUUCUGUGAAAUGCUAAAAUAUGAAAAAUCUACUCGAGGCAAGAAUCCGAAAUAAUGGCAAAAAUUGCACUUUGUCAGCGACUGCGUUUAACGCAAAAAAAUGGGUAAUAGGGUGGAGAGGUUUUCUGAUUUCUGAAAUUAUGUAUAUAACCAUACAGUCAAACUACAAGCUCCAAACAAAAGCCUGUUGUAACCCAGUCUGUUCAAACUAG